AUAGCUUUCUGAAAUAUUCAGUAGUAAAAUGUCUUUGCAGUGAUUGUUCAAAUGUUGAAAUGUCGCGCUAAAGCAUAAAUUUAAAGCAUAAAUAUGUACGGCAAAACGGCUUUCAUUUGCUUCUCACUCUGGCUUUUAUACAGUACGAACCAGCCACUGGCCUUUGCUGCCAUCACAACGGCCAGCAGUGCCACCAACGCCACCGAUUUAAUGCAUUUGCUGUUGGCACACAUACUGUCCGAGGCGGAUGCAGCAAGAAAUUUUGUGAUUGCACCACAGGAAGCGUUGGAAUUGUACCUGCAACUGCAUGGCACGGACAAAGAAAUCGCCGCUGCCGCUGCCACACAGUACGAUGCCAUGAGCAGCAAUGAAGUCACCAGCAACACUAGUGACAGCGGCAUGCAGGAGUUCGAAGAGUUCUUCCACAUCACAGGCUCACCGAUAGUGGUGGCCAACACGCUGUAUGCCGAUGCCUACAACUCACAAAGGUUCACACGGAAAUUGAAAAAUCUGCAAUUUGUGCUGCACGAGGAGAGCGAUGAGGAGCGCGCGGAGGAGGAGCACAACAAAAGCACGGACGACAGCAGCAUUGAAGAUGACGGCGACAAUAAAGGCCGCAAAAUCGAUAAUAAUGUUGAGGCUGCUGCAGUGCCGGCUAACAGCAAUAGUAAGCACAAACAUAACAAAAACAACAAGAAACGCAAUGAACUAAUCAAUGCGGUGCGCAUAAAUACACGCUGGGCGCACAACUUCCAGAAGCGUGACACACACAAGCGCCAAUUUUACAUGCCACAAACGCACACACACGCCUAUCUGAACGCCAUGCGCAAAGACGACAUCUUCCUAUAUGGCGAUUUGCCGCAAUUGAAUGCUAGCGCCUUGGAGUUGUCGUUGCAGCGACAGCAAUUGAAAAUGCUCAUCAUAUUGCCGCAUGCAAAGAAUGGCUUGCCACAAUUGCUGCGGCGUCUAAGUGGCAAUGUGUCGUUGCUUCAUGAAUUGUGUGGCUUGACAAACGACACGACGGACACAGAUGACAUGCGGCAGCAGACAGCAACAACAACAACGAGUGGAGCCGAUCACCUACGCCGCCAUUUGGAAUCGACUUUGGUGCGCGUCUUCUUGCCGCAAUUUCAAUUCUCACAACGCACUAAUUUAGAUGGCGCUUUCAAGCAGCUACUAAAUGCCACAGCAAAUGUGGAUCUACAUUGGCCCAGCGCAUGGCAGGUCACACAGCAGGCAUAUUUCGCUGUCAGUGAGGAUGGCAUUGGUGAGCUGGAGCCAUCGAUGGUGUUGUUCUGGAACGCCUUUUCGUCGUUACGCUCUAAACCGUUGAUGUUCUGUGUCGAUCAUCCGUUCAUCUUCGCUAUAUACAAUCGCAGGGGCAUACAAUUGUUGGGACAUUUGGCACAACUACACGAAUGACACGAUUGUUGUAAUGGCGUUGCAGUGUAUCGUGAAUUCAAUCAUACCAUAGACACAUAUGUAUGAAUGUGAAUAUACAUAGGUAUUCGGUAUAUCGAAAUUUUCGUGCAGUGCGUAGUAAAUAUCUCAUAAGUAAAUGUAAAUAGUAGGUUUAUAAUAUCGUAAAAUGUUAAAGAAAUUAUAAAUUUUUAUUUAAAUAUUAUUUUUGAAUAAAAAAUAUGUUUUAUUGAA